UUCUUUCUUGCCUUCCUGCCGCAAAAACCUCCUAUUUUAUUCAUUGCCGGCCUUCAUUUUCAGCACUAUAUUGCACGUACGUAAUGAACGUUGUCCCUAGAAGAAUCACCAUUGUUAUACAACUUCUUGGCUUCUACCUCUUGAUUCAUGGUUUGCAUAGAGAAGUGGAAGGCCUAGGAAUCAACUAUGGUCAACUUGGGGACAAUUUGCUGCCGCCGGCGAGAGUUGUUCAACUCUUACAAGCUUGUAAGUUUACGAAGGUAAGAAUCUAUGACACCAACCCUCAAAUCUUGACGGCAUUCGCAAACACCGGCAUUGAGCUUAUCGUGACGGUGGAGAACGCCAAGUUGGCCGGUUUUAGCGCCGACCCGCAACAAGCCAACCAGUGGGUGGCCGCCAACAUUCAGCCAUAUUUCCCGGCCACCAAAAUCACCGGGAUCGCUGUCGGCAACGAGGUCAUCACCGCCGAGGACACGUCAUCUAUGGGCAACCUAGUACCUGCAAUGCGCAACAUCCAUGCCGCUCUUGUCGCACUGGGAUUUGAUCCUUACAUUAAGGUGUCAUCCCCACAUUCCCUAGCGGUUAUGGGAAGUUCAUACCCGCCGUCAGGCGGGCGGUUCAAGCCGGAGCUGGCGACAGUGAUGACGCAGUUUAUACAGUUCUUGGUGGAUACACAAUCGCCAUUCUGGAUCAACGCUUACCCGUAUUUCGCAUACAAAGACUCCCCCGACAAAAUCUCUCUGGACUACGUUCUGUUCAACGCUGCCGCCGCGGUGGCGGUGGAUCCCGUCACAAACUUGAAGUACAACAACAUGCUAUACGCGCAGGUGGACGCGGUCCUCGCUGCCAUUUACAUGUUGGGGUUCAACCGCGUGGAGGUGAGGGUGUCGGAGACGGGAUGGCCGUCCGCCGGCGACGCCAAUGAAGUCGGCGCCACCCCCCAGAAUGCACAGACAUACAACCGGAACCUGGUGAGGAGGCAAAUGUUGAACGAAGGGACGCCGCUGAGGCCUGGCAUGCGGCUGGAGAUAUAUCUUUUUGCUUUGUUUAAUGAAGAUUCGAAGCCUGGGCCCACCUCAGAGCGGAACUAUGGGUUGUUUUUGCCCAACGGGGUUGCCGCUUAUGAUAUCGGCCUACUCGCCACCACUUCUCCUUCCUCUGCCACCAUUUCUCUAUCGUCGUCGGCUGCUCCCAUUAAGGUAGAGCACAUGAAGUACCAAAGAUUUAUGUACAUGAUGAUUAUUGUAUUGAUGUUGGGGUGGCAAGUUUUGUGAGAGGCCGGACAACAUUAAAGCAAUUAAUUGUUAUUUAGUCCAAUUUAGCUCAAAAACGUUACAUUACACCUUCAUCAUUUCUCAAAAACGGCAACUAAAUCUUCAUAUAUAGGUUCGUGGAUGAAAGCCAAGGAGAACACAAAUGUGAAGCUACAUUAUUCUUGAAAUUAGUUUGUGGCAACUAAAUCUAUUUUAACUCUAACAUACAUGUAUGAAUAUGUAUAUAAUUAGGAUUAGGAUAAAUCUUUGUUUAACUCCUUUUCUGAUUACCUUACAUCAGUGUUAUACUCGAUUUCUUUCAUUCACGUUUGAUCAAGAUUUACUCCAAAAUAUAUUUAUGCUAUUUGCAACUCUCAUUAAUUUAAAUUAAUCUCGACUCCAUUGUUUCAUU